AUGCUCUGCACUAUCUGCCGCCAGGGUCUAGAUGGCAUCUGGGAUCCGUCCAAAACCAAGCGCGUGUGCCGGAUCGAUGACUUUAAUGAGCAUUUCAAGGAAGGCGAUUCCAACGGUCGUGUUGCUCUACCCAUUGUGGCGAGCCAUGCAGACCAACACCCGUCGCAAUUUGUGUUUGGCCAUCAUCCGACUCCAGAGUCAUACAAGCAGUCUGUUGAGCAGGGCUGUAUUGUGUGUUCCGGGCCCGGGCACAAAGGUCAACAGAGCGACCAAGAUCCAGUGAUGGCUAAUCUAGAAUACUUUUCCGUAUUCACCAUUGAUAUUCGGAAAAAUGAUGCGGUCAUGGAGAUAUUUAAGCCUGGGACACGAAUGGGUGGCCAGCACCUAGUUUUUUACGAGGGCUCUCCACGAGAUUACAAUUUCAAUCUCAGUCCAUUGACUGGAGAUGCUGCAACUUGGGCCUUAAUCCAGAGCUGGGUGGACACAUGCAUUGAAUCACAUGAGCGCUGCAACCAGGAAACCAAUUAUAUACCACAAUAUCUCCUUCAGUUGGAUAAGCCUAACGGGCUCUUUCGCUUGGUAUCGGCUGACCAAGUCGGCCCUCAUUCCAAUGUUCGCUACUGUACGCUUAGCCACUGCUAUAGUGCUGAUAGCCACCAGCUUACAUCUUCAACCUUGGAGGCCCUUUCUCGCCCGCAGCCUCUCUCCAGCCUAUCCUUAACCUACCAGGAUGCAUUUGCUGUAAUGUCCCACCUAGGUGUCAACUACCUUUGGAUCGACCAUCUCUGUACUCUUCAAGAUCGGCCAUUUACCGACCGCGAGAGACGGGACGUCUUCUCCAACAGCUUCUGUGGAAUUGGAGCCACGGGUUCAACAUCGCCUUCGUCGGGACUUUUUACCAAACGGACACCUGAGCUCAGCUUUCCUACCAUCUUUGAGUUUCCUCUUGGUGUUGAUGGAGAUACAGCCAUGGUUAGAUUCAACGAGCCAAACGCUGGCGAUUUCCGCGAUGAGCCCUUGAUCAAGACUGCAAGGGGUUUCCAAGAGCGCCUAUUGACACCAAGAAUGAUUCAUUUCACGGCGUCGCUUAUCUACUGGGAGUGCUAUGGAGCCCUUUGUAGUGAGAUGAACCCCCAGAACAUGGUCCUCCUACCUAAAUAUUACACAGCCCCAGAGACAGACACAGUGCUAGGCAGUCAAAAUACGCAUGUAUCGAAUCGAUCCCUAGCUGCCCCUGCUUGGAAACGACUCAUCAUGGUCCUGCCUCCGCCCUACCCAAACGCCGACGAUAGAGAUGCUAUUUUGGAUUCCUGGUUUCAUCUGUUGCGAACAUAUACUCGUUGCUCACACGAAGCGCCGGAGGAAAGGCUGAGCUGCGUGGAAACCGCUGCUAUGGACACCAAGGCUCUCCUCAAGAAAAAUGGUCAUGAUGAUAUCUAUCUUGCCGGUAUGUGGAAGGAUACGUUGCCUGCAGCCCUUGUCUGGACCGUGGAGGCUGCAGCAGAUGGCCGGCCGGCGCAGUAUCAAGGCCCUUCAUGGAGCUGGUCUGCGGUAGAUGGUGCCAUUUCAUACGACUACCGGAAGAUGCGACAAGACGCGAAUGACAAUUUGUGUAAACUGAUUGACGACAAGUAUGAGGCAGGAACAGCUGCAGCCGGCAGCCUCACACUUCGGGGGAAACUGGCCGUUGGGAAGCUAUGCCAUCACGAUUACAACGACUGGGUUGAAAACGGCCUGAUGCCCGAGGAUGUGCUAAGGACUCGGCAUGGUGCACAGAUGGAUAUCGCCGAAUUGGUUGAUCCGGAUGCGGGAGCCAGCCUGGGCAAGGCACCAGAUGACACUGAUCACUUACACGAGUGGUGCGUCCGCUUUGACACCAAGCACGAUAUGAAGGAGGAGGUCUCUAUGCUCCCGGUUAGUUUGGUUCCGGCCGGGAACCCAUCCCUCGGAGUCACCGUGUACGGGAUUGCUCUGACAAAGAGUGUCGGUGGGGUUUACACGCGUAGCGGGAUGUGGCAAAUCUCCUUGUCUUCCAAAGGCGAAGCAAGAGAGGCUUUCAAGGGUCUUGUAGAUGGUGAAAUCACAAUUGUCUAA